GUUGCAGAACCCGAGUUGAAAACAAAGCAAUUUAGAGUUCUCAGAGGAGUUAGACCUACAAAAUGCGACCUUAAUCAUGGGAAUUAAGUAUUCCAAUUGAUAACGUAUAACAAAACAAACUUUUUGUCUAAAAAAGCAAAUCAUGACAGAAAAAACUUCGAUUCUCAACCUACCAGCGAGGAAAUUUUUCGUUGUUCAACUUACAAACUGUUUUCAAGUCGACAAAGAUGAAGARGAAUGGAUCUACCAGGGCACACUGGAUUUACCUCUAAGGUUUAAUCAAGUAUGGAUUCAAGGGUUUGUUGUUCUUGUGUCGGCCGAUGGCAAUGAUGUUUUGGUUGAUGAUGGUACAGGAGUUGCUCAUGCAACUGGUGUUGUCAAAUUAGUCAAGAAUUUUACCAUCAUCAAAGGAAUGUAUGUGAUGGUGGCUGGUCAACUUAAGACUACAGGGAAGUCAUCCACACAAACUUUCCCCAGCUAUCCAACGAUUCGCAUACUCAAGUUUGCUGACAAAAGUGAAUUCCGUUCUUCUGAAACACUGUGGAUGCUUGAAGUCAUGGAUCUACAAAGAGCCACCUCCACGUCUUUACGAUAACAAGCGCACUAGAUCUGUACAGGGGCGGAUCCAGCAUUUUAUAUAUGCUUUUGUCAGCGCGUGUACCUUUUCCCGUCACCAAAGGAUUCCCGGUUUUGAUAGUGACAGACACAUGUUGUGAACACUACUCGUUUUCUCGAUGAAAGUAAAACAGGAAUAUAAACAGCAGAAAAAAAAUCGUCAAAAAGGGGGGGGGGGGGGGUGCGUCCGCACCAAAAGCACCUUCCCCUGGAUCCGCCCCUGCUGUAGCCACGACGUCAAUCACAACCAAAAAAGAAAUUCUCUACUUGCGCAUACCCAUAAUACCUUCUGAUUUUUGGGGGUAGUUAUUGUUAUUGAAAUCAUUUAUAUUUGAAUAACAAUUAAUUUUAUUUGCACAUCACAAAACCUACCCCCCAAAAUCAGAAGGUAUUAUGGGUCAUGUGCAAGUAGAGAAUAAGGAAAUUUCCUAAAAACGUUCGCAAUCUCGUACCCAGAGCCCGCACUGUUGCCAUCCAGCGGAAGUCAAUGCGUGAGAGAGUCUUUCCAAU